AUGGUUCAAUAUUUCCCCUCCAUCAACCCAGAAUUCGCGGAUUGGGCAAUAGCUCAACCGGUUUUUUUUACGGCUUCCGCACCGAGACUGGGGAGACAUGUUAAUGUUAGUCCGAAAGGGUUGUUGGAAGCGACAUUUACGAUUUUGGGACCGAAUAGUUGUGCUUAUAUUGAUGCAACGGGUUCUGGUAUCGAGACAAUAAGUCAUAUUUAUGAAAAUGGACGCGUAACAAUAAUGUUCUGUUCAUUCACCUCCACUCCUCGCAUCAUGCGUUUCUUUUGCACAGGUCAUGUAAUUGAAUGGAAUACACCUCAAUUCUCCUCUCUUCUAUCCAAGAUGGGAAAGACAAAAGUAGAUGGUGCUAGAGCUAUUAUUUUAUUAGAUGUGUGGAAGGUUCAAACAUCCUGCGGCUACGGCGUCCCUAUCCUCACACCCCUCAGCACACAAAUAGAAAAUCCCUCGCAAGGACCCUGGACCAACCGUCAAACCCUGGGCCAUUGGGCUAGUCAAAAAGUAGCGAAGUCGGAAAUGCAAGAUUAUCAAGUUCUUAAUAAUAGUUAUUCACUCGAUGCACUUCCGGGGUUGAAAAGUGCGAGGAAUCAGAGGUUUAGGGGGAAUGUGGUGAGGGUGAGAGGUGAUGAGGUGGUGUUUUGGGGGAAGGGGUUUGUGAGGGGGGAGUGGAGGGGUUUGGUGGUGGGAUUAUUGAUGGGUUUUUUGGUGGGGGUUUGGAUGUGUGGUAUUCUGGGGGAGGGUUUGGGAGGUGUAGUUAGUAGGAUUGGAGAGGUUAGAGAUAUGAUGGGGAAUUUGACGGGGAGGAAUCAUUUGGAUGUUGAACUUUGA